CCCCUGGAACCCCAUUCCACCCACCCACGCGCAGCCGCAGCGACGAGAGGAGAAACGAGAGAGAGAAAAAGAAGAAAGAGAAAAAUGCUGCGCCACGCCGCCCGCCGCCUGGCCACCACCCGCGCCGCCGCCGCCGCCGGCCGCAGCAGCAGGGCGCUCUCGACGGCGGAGGUGCCGGCCGAGGCGGCCACCGACUCCGCCUUCGCGGAGGCGUGGAAGAAGGUGGCCCCCAACAUCGAGGCCCCCGCCACGCCCAUGUCGCUCAUGCAGCCCCGCCCCCCCACGCCGGCGGCCAUCCCCUCCAAGCUCACCGUCAACUUCGUCCUCCCCUACAAGUCCGAGAUCGCCAACAAGGAGGUUGACAUGGUAAUUGUACCAGCAACAACUGGUCAGAUGGGUGUUUUGCCAGGCCACGUUUCCACAAUCGCAGAGCUCAAGCCUGGUGUUCUCUCGGUACACGAGGGAAACGAUAUCACCAAGUACUUUGUGAGCAGUGGCUUUGCAUUUGUCCAUGCAAACUCCAUCGCUGAUAUCGUGGCUGUUGAGGCUGUCCCCCUGGACCAGAUCGACCCAGCCGCGGUCCAGCAGGGUCUCGCGGAAUUCAACGCCAAGCUUGGAUCGGCCUCAACUGAACUGGAGAAGGCCGAAGCUCAGAUUGGAGUGGAUGUUCACAGUGCGCUCAAUGCCGCUUUGGCUGGUUGAUCAAUACGUUUUUAAGUUGCUGUCCCUCUCUCUCUUUUGCAUCUUCAUUUUUAGAAUGUGAGCUGAAGUUUGCAAACUCAUGGAUGAUGGGAUGGAGGGAAUGAUCUUAAAUAAAUUAUACUCCAUCUCAAAGACAGAACCCUGUUUCUUCUUUUAACUUGACUCCUGCAUGGAUUUUUGUAAUAGUGAAUAUUUUUCUCCGAGCCUACAAAGUCGAAGUUUUCUGGUUCCAGUUUUC